UAUUGAUAUUUGCUUAGCAACGCAACGCAUAUUGCAUGUCCGCCAUUUUGUUUUGGUCAGAGGAAGUCUCGAUAACCCAUCGAUACCAAACAAAUGAAGGACACAUGCGAAAUAAAAAUUUAGUGUGAGGCGAUUUAAAAAGAUGGCAGAUCUUGAUCUUACACCCGGAAGAGCAAACGGUAGAAGUAAAGGGAAAGGGACAGAUGACCCUAUCCGAUUCCUCCCUGUUCUUCCUUCAAAAAGAUCAAAACCAGUAUGGCAGCAAAAUCAACCAAAUUUUGAACUGUCAGGAAAAAUCCUUGGAGAUGAUAAAAAUGGAAUAGAUCUGGUUGGAGAGCUCACUGCUAGAGAGCCCAAGCGAAGAAAACCCAACCAGCUUAAACCAAUUGAAAAACAGAAUGGCGCAGAUACAGAUGUCACACAGUUUCAGCAGCCUAAGAAAGACAGGGAGAACUUCAGAAAGGCUUUGGUUGACAUCAUUAUGCAAGAGGAUGGGGUUCAACCUCAUAGCGCUUCAGGAUCAGUUAAUGGUAAUGGAGAGUUACCUCCCCUGUCCAGAACAGGAACGCCCACUGCGGCCGAUAAAGAUAUCUUGAGAUAUUACUACUACAUUCACAAUGGAAUAGACACAGAACAUGUCGCCCCCAUGGAGGACUCUUGGCUGGAAAAUGUCCUUGGUCUUGUUUCAGAGGAGUUAAAGAAGGGACAUUCUGAAACCAUUGAAAAUUUAUCAGAUGAAAUGAGAGAAGACUAUCUUUUGAGUGUAAAGAAAGCUAUUGUUGAUUUUGUCCUGAAGGAUCAGAGAGAAAAGGAGAAGGAUGUCGAGGAGAAACGCCCACCCCACAGGGAGGAAAUGGAUGUGGUGCCCAAACCCUGGCAUAAAGAUUACGUGGCUGGGUUAGAGGCCAUGUCUCAGAAGCUACACAUAACCACCCCUUGCAUGCUGCAAGUGCUUGAUUUCUGGCACACCAAAUUUGGGGGCCUGCGAUUUAUCGAUAUCAAUGAGUUUCACAACAGGGUAGAUUCUAUGGAAUUGGGGACCUUCCAAAAUCUCUGCAUGCGGCAUAUAGAGAAUGCCAAGGACCAAUUAAUGAAGAAAUGGUUUCCUGAAGUCCAGGUAAUGUUUUACGAGGGAAACAAACGGAAACAGGUGCCAAGCAACCAAGACCCAGAGAAACUGGAGUCUUUCUUCAACUGCGCUGCUACACUGAUGACUGACAACCUUCAGCAGUUGACACUCAACUCCCUCGAUGAUUAUUCAGAUCUUCUGUGCCAACCCCCAACAUCUACUCGUGCAUAUGAGCACCCCGGGUUCAUUCUGAGACUUAUCUUGGAUGGAACCGCCAUCAAAUUUGAACCAACCUUCAAAGAAUUUGAAGUCAUCAUCUUGAAUGUGUAUGAUGUCAUGAUCAAAGCUUCCCAACAAGUGCCAAGGGUGGAGACAAAACUGUACCUAGACUGGAGUGGAAACAAAGCCAAGUCCAAUCUACAACCAGUCGUACUGAAGGAGAUUCUAGAAGCCCACAAAGAGAAAGUGAAGGAGUUGAUCAAGAAAGAGAGCGUGGGACCAGUGGAGCACUGCAAGAUCUACGACAAGUACAACUUCCUGAUCUCCAAACAGGCGGAUGCUGAUGUUGACGUAUUCCUAGGAGAGACUCACUCAUUUGAUGAAUAUGCAAAAGAAAUCACUAAAUACAAGAAACUGGUGGAUGAAGUUACAUACAACUUAGACAAGAGAGGAACUUCGGUGAUGAGACUGGGCAUGUUUGAAGUCCACUGUGAUGACCUGAUUCGCUCGUUGGCGAAACGAGCUGAAGCCCUCUGCCAGAAACUCUUGGGGAAGAUGUCGGAGGACCACAAAGAAGCAAACAAAAAAUUGUGCGAUGAUUAUGAACAAAUCGCAGAAAAAGCUUUGACAACUCCCAGCAACACAGAACAUCUGAUGGAACUGAAAGCUUACAUUGAGAAAGUAGAAUCAGACAUUAUUUUCACCAUGGAGAAGAGGCUGAUGGAAUCCAAGGACAGGCUGACUUUCUUGUCCGAUUUUGCCCAGUUCUCUCCCGCAGAAAUGAGGCUGAAUGCCAGUGUCUUCAAAUGGCACGGCAGAAUGCCCACCAUAUUCGAGGAACACAAGAUGAUCGUUUCUGACAGAAGAACUCAGUAUGAGGAAGCUCUGAAGGUGAGAAGAGAGAGAUUCGUUGAGGAAUUGGAGAGCUACCAGAAACAAGUAGAAGAGUUUGCUACCUACGGUGACAUGAACGAGAUCCAGAAAUACCUCCGCAAAUCUCAGAACUUGGAAACCAAGCUCACUGCUGCUGCAGAGAAGAUUGAGGCAUUCAACAAUGAGGAGGAGGCAUUUGGCUGGCAGACAACAGCGUAUCCCCAGAGGCAGACCAUUCAGAACACACUGAAGCCCUACCUCAGCCUGUACGAGCUCACGGUGGAAUUCAACAACAAAUACAAUGACUGGAUGCAUGGACCCAUGUCCAAUGUAAAUCCGGAUGAAGUAGAGAAUGAAGUAGGAAACUUCUGGAGAAAUCUCUACAAGCUGGAGAAGCAGUUUGACUCGGUGCCCCAAGCCAAGAAAAUUGCCUCCAAGGUCAAAGCAAAGGUUGAAGAAUUCCGAGAAUACAUGCCCCUGGUGCAGACCCUGUUCAACCCCGGUCUCAGAGACCGCCAUUGGGAGCAGAUCUCCGAGGUUGUCAAAUAUCCCCUCAAGCCGGAUGAGACCUACACCCUGGACAAGAUGCUGGAGUUUGACCUGAUGAAGUAUGUGCCUCAAUUUGAGGGCAUCAGUGAGGCUGCCAGCAAGGAGUUCUCCCUGGAGAAGGCCAUGGAGAAGAUGAAGAAUGAAUGGGCUCCAAUUGAGUUUAUCAUGAUCCCAUACCGUGACACAGGCACCAGUAUUUUGUCUUCAGUGGAUGACAUCCAGCUGACACUGGAUGACCACAUUGUGAAGACACAGACAAUGAGAGGAUCUCCAUUUAUCAAGCCGUUUGAGGAGGAAAUCAAGGACUGGGAAUCCAAACUAAUGCUCCUCCAGGAUAUUCUGGAUGAAUGGCUGAAGGUCCAGGCCACCUGGCUCUAUCUGGAGCCCAUCUUCAGCUCACCGGAUAUCAUGGCCCAGAUGCCAGAGGAGGGACGGCGCUUCACCACAGUGGACAAGAACUGGAAGGACAUCAUGAAGCAGGCUCUGCAGGACAAGAAAGUGCUCAGUGUCAUCGCCAUUGAGAAGAUGUUGGAGAAACUCAAGAAAUCCAACGAGCUGUUGGAGCUUAUCCAGAAGGGGUUGAAUGACUACUUGGAGAAGAAGAGAUUGUAUUUCCCAAGAUUCUUCUUCUUGUCUAACGAUGAGUUGCUGGAAAUUCUGUCCGAAACCAAAGAUCCUACCAGAGUACAGCCCCAUUUGAAGAAAUGCUUUGAGGGCAUUGCUAAGCUGGAGUUCACUGACACGCUGGACAUCACUCACAUGAAGAGUAGUGAGGGAGAAAUCGUGGAACUCCGAGACGUCAUCUCCACGUCCAAGGCAAGAGGACAGGUAGAAAAAUGGCUGCUGGAGUUGGAAGCUGACAUGAUUUCCUCUCUCCACAAAGUCAUUGGAGAGUCAUUGGAUGCUUAUCCAAAGGAGGAUAGAAAAGAAUGGGUAAAAAGAUGGCCAGGACAGGCCGUUCUGUGUGUGACCGCCAAAUACUGGACAGACUUUAUUGAGGACGCCUUCAAAAAAGGCGGCACAGCUUUGAAGGAGUACUUGGAUCUGAACAUCAAGCAGAUCGACGAUAUCGUCGCCAUGGUGCGUGGAACUCUGUCGAAACAGAACCGUGUGACACUGCAGGCUUUGAUUGUAUUGGAUGUCCACGCUAAAGACGUGUUGUUUAAAUUGGUGGAGAACAACUGCAGUUCGGAUCUGGAUUUCCAGUGGCUGAGUCAGCUCCGAUACUACUGGGAGGAGAGCCAGAUGGUAACUCGUAUGAUCAACUCCAUGUUGAAAUAUGGAUAUGAGUACCUGGGUAACACAGGUCGUCUUGUCAUCACUCCACUCACCGACAGGUGUUACAGAACCCUCUUUGGAGCCUUACACUUGCAUUUGGGUGGUGCCCCUGAGGGCCCUGCUGGGACAGGUAAAACAGAGACCACUAAGGAUCUGGCCAAGGCGGUGGCCAAACAGUGCGUGGUGUUCAACUGCUCCGAUGGUCUGGAUUACAUUGCCCUGGGAAAAUUCUUCAAGGGUUUGGCAUCUUGCGGUGCCUGGUCUUGUUUUGACGAGUUCAACCGCAUUGAUCUUGAGGUGUUGUCUGUGGUUGCCCAACAGAUUCUGACCAUUCAGAGAGGCAUUAACUCUGGGUCAGACACCCUGCUGUUUGAGGGGACAGAAAUCAGACUGGACCCCACCUGCUCCGUGUUCAUCACCAUGAACCCUGGCUAUGCUGGCCGAUCAGAAUUACCAGACAAUCUGAAGGCCCUCUUCAGAACAGUGGCUAUGAUGGUACCGGAUUACGCCCUGAUUGCGGAGAUCUCCCUGUAUUCCUGCGGUUUCGUACAGGCCCGUCCUCUGUCGGUGAAGAUCGUGGCUGUCUACAGGCUGUGCUCUGAGCAGCUGUCCUCCCAGCACCAUUACGAUUACGGAAUGAGAGCCGUCAAGUCUGUGCUGACUGCUGCUGGAAAUCUCAAGCUUAAAUACCCAGAGGAAGAUGAGAACAUUCUGAUGUUGCGUUCCAUUAUUGACGUCAACUUGCCCAAGUUCUUGAACCACGACUUACCCCUGUUCCAUGGUAUCACCUCGGAUCUGUUCCCAGGGGUCAAGCUUCCGGAGCCGGACUACAAGGUCCUGAAUGAGGCCGUACAGGAGAACUGUAUCAAGAUGAACCUACAGUGCACCAACUUCUUCCUGGAGAAGAUUCAGCAGAUCUAUGAAAUGAUGAUCGUGCGUCACGGUUUUAUGAUCGUUGGAGAACCAUAUGGUGGCAAGACCAGCGCCUACAAGGUGCUGGCUGCAGCUCUUGGAGAUAUCCAUGAAAAGGGCUUGAUGGAGGAGAAUAAGGUCCAGAUCACAGUCAUCAAUCCAAAAGCCAUCACCAUGGGUCAGCUGUACGGUCAGUUUGACCCCGUCUCCCACGAGUGGUCUGACGGAGUAUUGGCUGUCUCUUACAGAGCCUUCGCCACCUCUACCACGCCAGACAGGAAGUGGCUGAUCUUUGACGGCCCUGUGGAUGCCAUCUGGAUUGAGAACAUGAACACCGUGCUGGAUGACAACAAGAAGCUGUGUCUGAUGAGUGGAGAAAUCAUCCAGCUGGCAAACACCACCAAUCUAAUGUUUGAACCCAUGGAUCUGGAAGUAGCCUCCCCUGCCACCGUCUCCAGAUGUGGUAUGAUCUACAUGGAGCCCUCCUCUUUGGGAUGGCGACCAGUUGUCAAAUCCUGGAUGAACGAGAUGCCUGCCGCAGUCACAGAGAUGCACAGGUCAACCAUCAACGACAUGUUUGAGCGAUUUUGCGAUCCCUGCAUUCAGCUUGUAAGAAAAGGAGGAGUUAAGGAGCUCUCCCCCACCUCUGACACAGCCUUGGUGAAAAGCUUGAUGAACCUGAUGGACUCCCUCAUGGAGGAAUUCCAAGAUGAGGCCAAAAUCACCCAGAUGGAAGACCGAGAAAUCAUGUCCUGGCUGGAGUGUAUCUUUUUCUUUGCCUGUACCUGGUCCAUUGGAGCGUCUGUCAAUGACGAGGGACGAGUUCACUUUGACAAACUUCUCAGAGAGCUGAUAUCGGGAGGAAUGACAGAGGAAACCAGAAUCAAAUUGAGUCUACCUGAACUUGUGGAGCCCCCAGAGAAACCUUAUUUGAACCCCUUCCCUCCUAAGGGUCGUUGCUACGACUACAAAUUUGUAAAAGAGGGAGCUGGAAGAUGGGUACAGUGGGCUGAGGAGAUCAAGGAUUCUCCACCCAUUCCCAAGGAGGCAGAGUUCAAUGAGAUCAUUGUCCCUACUGUGGACACAGUCCGAUACACAGCCCUCAUGAGCUUGCUGAUUCGCAACCAGAAACCGUGUCUAUUUGUUGGACCCACCGGAACCGGAAAAAGUGUAUACAUCUGUGACUUCUUGCUAAACAAACUGGACAAGGAGAAGUACAAACCCAACAUCAUUAACUUCUCUGCCCAGACAACUGCCCAGCAGACACAGAACAUCAUCAUGUCCAAGCUGGACAAGAGAAGGAAGGGAGUGUUUGGUCCACCACUGGGCAAGAAAGCUAUUGUGUUUGUGGAUGAUUUGAACAUGCCCAUGUUGGAGCAGUUUGGAGCUCAGCCUCCGAUUGAGUUGCUGAGACAGUGGUUGGAUCACUGGAACUGGUAUGACCUGAAGGAAACCACGCCCAUGAAAUUGAUUGACAUCCAGGUCAUGGCAGCCAUGGGCCCACCAGGUGGUGGUAGGAACCCUGUGACCCCGCGCUUCCUGAGACAUUUUAACAUGAUCACCAUUAAUGAAUUUGAUGAUGAUUCCAUGAUCACCAUUUUCAGGAAAAUCAUGGACUGGCAUAUUUCAUCAAGAGGCUUCAGUAAUGAGUUCAAGCCCUGCGUGGAUCAGCUGGUCCAGGGCACCCUGACCACCUACAAAGAGGCCAUGAAGAACCUCCUCCCCACCCCCGCCAAGUCCCACUACCUGUUCAACUUGAGAGACUUCAGUAGGGUCAUCAACGGAGUCCUACUGUCUACCCCAGAGACCAUGGAGGAACCAGCUUCCAUGAAGAGGCUCUGGGUUCAUGAGGUUUUCCGUGUAUUCUACGAUCGUCUCGUGGACGACUCGGACAGGAACUGGCUGUUUAACUAUGUGCGUGAAGUCUGUAAGACCUGUCUCAGGGAGGAUUUUGAUCAACUGUUUAUUCACCUGGACUUUGACAAUGAUGGAAAGGUCAUGGAGGAUGACCUUCGUAGUUUAGUGUAUUGUGACUUUGCGGAUCCGAAAUCGGACGCCAAACACUACGUUGAAGUGCGAGAUUUGGAGCAAUUGAGAGUAACUGUUGAGGGGUAUCUGGAGGAAUUCAACAAUAUGAGUAAAAAACCAAUGAACCUUGUGCUUUUCAGAUUUGCUAUUGAGCACGUUUCCAGAAUUGCACGUGUCAUAAAACAAAAGAGAAGCCACGCCCUUCUUGUAGGAGUGGGAGGGUCUGGGCGUCAAUCACUCACACGAUUGGCAGCUCAUAUGGCCGACUAUGAUCUCUUCCAAGUGGAAAUCUCCAAGAGUUACACUUCAAAUGAAUGGAGAGAGGAUUUGAAACGUAUUCUGAGAAAAGCCACUGAAACUGAUAAUCAUGCUGUCUUCUUAUUUUCUGAUACACAGAUUAAACAAGAAUCUUUCUUAGAGGAUAUUAACAACUUAUUAAAUGCUGGUGAAGUGCCUAACUUAUUCCCUCUGGAUGAGAAACAAGAAAUCUGUGAGAAAAUGAGACAAUUGGACAGACAAAGAGAUAAAACUAAACAGACUGAUGGAACUCCGGUAUCCUUAUUUAACUUCUUUAUCCAGAGAGUUCGUGAUCAGCUCCAUAUUGUGUUGGCCAUGAGUCCUAUUGGAGAUGCCUUCCGUAACAGACUGCGUAAAUUUCCAUCCCUCGUCAAUUGCUGUACCAUUGAUUGGUUCCAGUCUUGGCCAGAGGAUGCUUUGGAAGCCGUGGCCAAUCGUUUCCUGGAAGAUGUAGAGCUGGAUGAUGAGGAGCGCUUGGGCUGUACGGACAUCUGUAAGACCUUCCACACCACCACCCGAGAAUUGUCCCAGAGGUUCUUCCUGGAAUUGGAGCGCCAUAACUAUGUCACACCCACCUCCUACUUAGAGCUUAUCAACACAUUCAAAAAUCUGCUCAGCAAAAAGAGAGAUGAGGUGAUGAAGCAGAAGAAGAGGUAUGAGAAAGGUCUGGAGAAGCUAGACUCGGCCUCCUCCCAGGUUGGUCUGAUGCAGAAAGAGCUGACUGAUCUCCAGCCUCAGCUGAAAAUAGCCAGCAAAGAGGUGGACGAAAUUAUGGUGGUCAUUGAGAAGGACUCGAUAGAAGUGGCCAAAGUAGAGAAGGUUGUAAAAGCUGAUGAAGCAGUGGCCAAUGAACAAGCAAAGGGAGCUAAAGCCAUCAAGGACGAAUGCGAUGCCGAUCUGGCUGAAGCUAUUCCCGCCCUGAACUCUGCCUUGGCUGCCUUGGACACCCUCACCCAACAGGAUAUCACCAUUGUCAAGGCCAUGAAACAGCCUCCUUACAUGAUCAAAUUAGUGCUGGAGGCUGUCUGUGUCAUCAAGGGUAUCAAACCGGAGCGUGUUCCAGAUCCAUCUGGAUCGGGCAAAAAGAUUGAGGACUACUGGGGCCCGGCCAAGAAAAUGUUGGGUGACAUGAAGUUCUUGGAGUCAUUGCACAACUUUGACAAGGACAAUAUCCCAGUUGCCAACAUGAAACAGAUCCGAGCCAAAUACAUCACAAACCCAGACUUUGAACCUGAAAAAGUGAAAGUAGCAUCCACAGCUUGUGAGGGCUUGUGCAAAUGGGUCAAGGCUAUGGAUGUUUAUGACAGAGUUGCGAAGGUUGUCGCACCCAAAAAGGAACAGCUGAAGAAGGCUGAGGCAGAGCUGGCAGUGGCCAUGUCUCUCCUGGAGAAGAAGCGAGCCUCCCUGCGUGAAGUCCAGGACAAGCUGGCCAAACUCCAGGAAACCCUCGAAAACAACAAGAAGAAGAAGGCAGACCUGGAGACCCAGGUGGACCUCUGCUCCAAGAAGCUGGAGAGAGCCGAGCAGCUAAUCAGUGGACUAGGGGGUGAGAGGGACAGAUGGAGUCAGAACGCCAGAGAGCUGGGUGUCAAGUACAACAACCUGACUGGAGACAUUCUGAUCUCUUCCGGAACUGUGGCUUAUCUGGGUGCCUUCACUUCAGCAUUCCGACAGGACCAAGUGGACAUGUGGAUUAAGAGGGUGAAGGACCGUGGAAUCUUGUGUUCCGAUGACUUCUCUCUCAUCAACACCCUGGGAGAACCAGUCAAGAUCCGAGCCUGGAAUAUCUCAGGACUUCCCACCGAUAACUUCUCCCUGGAAAAUGGAAUCAUUUUAGCCAAUGCAAGACGUUGGCCCUUGAUGAUUGAUCCCCAGGGUCAGGCCAACAAAUGGAUCAAGAACAUGGAGAAGGCCAACAACAUCCAUGUCAUCAAACUCAGCGACUCAGACUUUGUCAGAACAUUAGAAAACUGUAUCCAGUUCGGAACUCCUGUUCUCCUUGAAAAUAUUGCUGAAGAAAUGGAUCCUCUGUUGGAGCCCCUUCUGCUGAAACAGGUCUUCAAGCAAGCUGGUGCCAUGUGUAUUCGUCUUGGUGACAGCACCAUUGAGUACUCACAGGACUUCAAAUUCUACAUCACCACCAAACUGAGGAAUCCUCACUACCUACCUGAAACUGCUGUUAAAGUGACCCUGCUGAACUUUAUGAUUACUCCUGAGGGUCUUCAGGACCAGCUGCUGGGUAUUGUGGUCGCCAGGGAGAGGCCAGAGCUUGAGGAGGAGAAGAAUGCCCUCAUCAUCCAGAGUGCUGACAACAAGAGACAGCUCAAAGAAAUUGAGGACAAGAUUCUUGAGGUCCUGUCCUCUUCAGAGGGAAAUAUCCUUGAGGACGAGACAGCUAUAAAAGUGCUGUCCUCUUCUAAAGUGCUUGCUAAUGAGAUUUCUGAAAAACAGGCCAUUGCUGAAGAAACUGAGAAGAAGAUUGACACAGCUAGAAUGGGUUACACUCCAAUUGCUGUCCACUCCACCAUUCUGUUCUUCUCCAUCGCAGACUUGGCGAACAUUGAGCCCAUGUACCAGUACUCCCUGACCUGGUUCAUCAACCUCUUUAUUCUGUCCAUUGACAACGCCGAAAAGUCGGAGGACCUGGACGCGCGUCUGAAGAACCUCCACAACCACUUCACCUACUCUCUCUACUGCAAUAUCUGUAGAUCGUUAUUUGAAAAAGACAAGCUGUUGUUCUCCUUCCUGCUCUGUGUCAACAUCCUGAAACACGACAAGCAGAUCAACGAGGAGGAGUGGCGGUUCCUGCUGACAGGAGGAAUCGGAUUGGACAAUCCGCACCCUAACCCCGCCACCUGGCUGCCAGUCAAGUCUUGGGAUGAAAUCUGUAGGCUGGAAGACUUAGAACACUUCAAGGGUCUGAAGAACAAAUUUGUGUCCCAGAAAGAUGGCUGGAAAGAAGUAUAUGACUCAGUGGAUCCAUUCCACCAGAAGAUGCCAGGAGAUUGGGGUGACAAGUUGCAGACUUUCCAGAAGUUGCUAGUUCUCAGAUGUCUCAGACCUGAUAAGAUCACACCAGCGGUACAAGAGUUUGUCACAGAGAAACUGGGCAAAAAAUUCAUUGAGCCCCCUCCGUUUGACUUGCCUAAGUCCUACAAUGACAGUAACCCCACCUCUCCCCUACUGUUUGUUCUGUCCCCAGGAGCUGAUCCCAUGUCUGCCCUGCUCAAGUUUGCAGAUGACCAAGGAUUUGGAGGGGCAAAGUUUGACUCACUGUCUCUAGGUCAAGGUCAGGGUCCCAUCGCCAUGGCAAUGAUGGAAAAGGGUAUCAAAGAGGGAACUUGGGUCAUGUUGCAGAACUGCCAUCUGGCUCCAUCUUGGAUGCCCACUCUGGAAAAAAUCUGUGAGGAGUUUAACCCUGAGCAGAUUCACCCAGACUUCAGGCUGUGGCUGACCAGUUAUCCUUCCAAUCAGUUCCCCGUCUCCAUUCUACAAAAUGGAGUGAAGAUGACCAAUGAACCGCCUAAAGGACUGCGAUUCAACAUCCUCCGGUCAUACCUCAGCGAUCCAAUUUCCGAUAUGGACUUCUUCAACGGAGUCAAGGAUUUGAAUAAAAAAUCUUUCAAGAAGCUGCUCUUUGGUCUGUGUUUCUUCCACGGUAUUGUGCAGGAGAGGAGAAAGUUUGGUCCCCUCGGAUGGAACAUUCCUUACGAAUUCAACGAGACGGACUUGAGAAUCAGUGUCCGACAACUCCACAUGUUCUUGAACCAAUAUGAUGAUGUGCAGUACGAUGCCCUGCGCUACCUGACGGGCGAGUGUAACUAUGGCGGCCGUGUAACAGACGACUGGGACAGGAGAAUGUUACACAGUACCCUGGACAGGUUCUACUGUAAGGACAUCAUCCAGAAGACCGACUACUACUUUGAUGAGUCCAAGCAUUACUUUGCACCCCCUGAUGGAGAGUAUGAGUCGUAUCUCGAGUACAUCAAAAGCCUACCCCACAAUCCAAAACCAGGAAUUUUCGGCAUGCACGACAAUGCUGAUAUCACCAAGGAUCAGGGAGAGACAAAGCUUUUGUUUGACAAUAUCCUCUUGACUCAGCAAGGCGAGGCUAAAGCUUCGUCUGGAGGUGGAAAAUCCACGGAUGAAGUUGUGGAUGACGUAGCGCAGGACAUUCUGUCUAAGAUUCCACCGAACUUUGACACUGAUGCCGCUCUCAGGAAGUACCCGACCUCCUACAAACAGAGCAUGAACACUGUGCUGGUGCAGGAAAUGGUCCGAUUUAAUCGUCUGCUCAGCAUCGUCCGAUCUAGUCUGCAGAACAUCAGAAAGGCCAUCAAGGGUUUAGUGGUCAUGUCCGCUGACUUGGAAGAAGUUGUCCUCAGUAUUCUAAAGGGCAAGAUCCCAGGCAUGUGGAUGAAGCGGUCCUACCCAUCCCUGAAGCCCCUUGGAAGCUACGUGAACGACUUCAUCGCUCGCCUCAAAUUCCUCCAGGACUGGUACGACGAUGGGGCACCCCCUCAGUUCUGGAUCUCUGGCUUCUACUUCACCCAGGCUUUCUUGACUGGUGCUCAGCAGAACUUUGCCAGGAAGUACACCAUCCCUAUUGACUUGCUGGGUUUUGAUUACGAGAUUCUGGAUGAUGCCGACAAAGAUACCCCUCCUGAAGAUGGUGUGUAUGUAUUUGGACUGUUUGUGGAUGGAGCUCGCUGGGACAGACCAACAAACUGCUUGGCAGAAUCCAAACCCAAAGUCCUGUUUGACAGCAUGCCCAAGGUUUGGAUGAAACCUUGCAAGAAGUCAGACAUUCCAGAAAAGCAGAUAUAUGUGUCUCCCAUCUACAAGACGUCAGAACGUCGCGGUGUCCUGUCCACCACCGGUCACUCCACAAACUUUGUAAUCGCUAUAUCGCUACCGUCAGACAAACCGCAGGAUCACUGGAUUAGAAGGGGCGUGGCUCUACUGUGUCAGCUGGAUGACUAAGUCAUACGCUCCAACACACACUAAGAACUCUCAAUUGUGCUCUGUGUCCAAGGCAUUUUUGCCUUACCAUACAAAAAAAAAUUAUCAACUAUUUUCAUACUGGUUUCUUCUCAACAGCUGUGAAUGAAGUUAUUCAAUUAAUUAUAUUGUGUUUUUUUUCCCCCUAUAUUUCAUCCUUGAAGGAUUUUUUAUUUGAGCUGUUGAUUUAUGUCUUUUUUGAAUGGAUGGGAUUAAUAUGAAAUUGUGUGUGUUUAUCCUACUCACUUGGUUUAAACCAUGGUUUUGAGGAAAAUUACAUUUCCUCCACUAUUAAACAUCUACAAUGAAGAAGGAAAAUGCCUGUGAUCUGGACAGUAAAAAGAAAUCUGCAAUUUUAGUGAUCGUACUUGCAAAUGAAAAACCGGGUCAUGAAAGUGAAAACGAGACUUCCUGAGGAACAAGAUUUUUCAGACUGUGAUAUAAAAUAGAAGCAUUUUUUUGUGGAUUUCCAAUAUUUAUUUUUAAUUACGUUGCAUUUAUUAUUUGUUUUUGUUGUUGUUUUGCAACCCAAAUCUAUAUUGAAUUUAUUUUGUAUUCACAGAUCAUGGCGUGAAACUUAUAGGCCACUUAUUGGUCGUCACUUGACAAUAGAUAACCUUCUCACAAAAUCCGUCCAUUAUUAUUUUUUAAAAGUUAGAUUUUCGUUGAUACUGUGAAUUAUUAUGAAUAUUUACUAUAUGUGUGAGUACCUUCCGUCCAAAUAUUCCAGACAGCUGAUAAUAAUUAUGGAAUAUUUCUUCACUCUGUUUUUUUUUUCUAUCGUUUCUAUAUCUAUUUCUUAAUGAAUUUAGAUGGUAGAAUUGACAAAUCAUCUGUGAUAUAUAAUAAAACAUCUGCUGAUGUGCCUAAUUAAACUGAGAAUAAAGUGUUUGAGACAUUCAGGUUUAAAAGCUAUAUGUAUGUUUACACAAUAAAAGAAUUCAUUGAGUAAA